GUAAGUUGGCGCUUGUGUCUCUUUCAAAAUUUCAAACCCGCCAAAAAAAGGCACCCCCUCUCUCUCUCUCUCUCUCUUCUCUAUCUCUGUUUUCAUUCAUCGGAGGUUUGAAGAUGGCCUCGAAUGCGAUCCCCACGGUGAAUCCAUCGGAAUCUCUACAGAAGCUUCCAAGUUACAGCAGGAAGCAGAAAUCUCUUGGCCUUCUUUGCACCAAUUUCUUGGGAUUGUACGACCGAGAAGGCGUGGAUUUGAUUGGUCUCGACGAGGCCGCGUCGCGAUUAGGCGUGGAGAGGCGACGAAUCUACGAUAUUGUCAACGUCUUGGAGAGCAUCGGAGUUCUAGCAAGAAAAGCCAAGAACCAGUAUACCUGGAAAGGGUUGGGAGGAAUUCCUAACGCUUUGAAAAAGCUUAAGGAAGAGGGAUUGCGCGAGAACUUCAGCAUUUCCAAUUUCGCUAGCUACAACAGAGUAUCAGAUGAUGAAGAGGACGAUGAAGUAUAUUCUGAUCCUAACAUGGGAAGUCAGGAGGACCAAUCCAACCCCGCCCCCGUGCUCAAAGCUACUGGAUCAGCAACAACAGACAAUAGAAGAGAGAAAUCUUUGGGACUUUUGACUCGGAAUUUCGUGAAGAUUUUUAUCUGCUCAAAUGUGUCUGUGUUCUCCCUUGAUGAAGCUGCUAAAAUACUGCUGGGAGAUGGUCAGAGUUCAAUUAUGAGAAGUACAAAAGUAAGACGACUCUAUGACAUUGCCAAUGUAUUGGCUUCAAUGAACCUUAUUGAGAAGACCCAUACUACAGAUACCAGGAAGAAUGCUUUCAGGUGGUUAGGGCUCAGAGAGAAAUGGACUGGAUCUGUUGACGCUCUAAUUAGUGAUGAUCCUAAGAAAAGAAUGUUUGGGACUGAAAUCACCAACACUGAUUUCAAGAGAAACAAAAUGAGUCCCUUAGUUGAGGGAGUUUCAAACUUCAAUUCGAAUGUACAAAAAAAGUCGAAGAACGAGAGACUAAUAAAGGAGCUCAGCAGAAGCAAGUCGGAGCAGGAUUCAAAAGAGAAUGCAAAGAGUUACCAGUUUGGUCCUUUUGCUCCUCACGACAUUCCCAAAGACAUUGCCUCGAGGACCGACAACAGGCGUGCGCGGCAACCCCAUGACUGGGAGAGUCUUGCAUCCGCGUAUAGUCCUCAAUAUCACAACCAAGCCUUGAGGGACCUCUUCGGCCACUACUCGGAAGCAUGGAAGUCUUGGUUCUCCGAAGUUGAUGGGAAGAGCCGCUCUAGCGCAAACACAUGAUGCUCCCGGAUCUCAUUGAAUGCGGCAUGAUACCUAACCGAUUGCUCUUUAUCCUCCAUUGGGAUGGGAGAUGAUCUUGUUUUGUGCAUAAUCUCGAGGCCGUAACUUCCAAUAGUCUUCAUUUGUAUAUCGACACAUCCUAACAAUAUUACCAUACUACUCGUUUGGUAAUAGUCGACUACUUCGAUGGGCACUUUCUGCUAGUCGACGUCCAAUUUUUCUUUGCAUAUGAUCAUGUCGUGGGGGCACACAGUGAUUGGAAGAGAAGACAGCGUGGAAAUGGGCUGAAUCUUAGGUGCUUCAGCACAUGAAGAUAGAUUCUAGCUAGGGGUGGCAAAAGCUGGAUUGAUGUAGCAUAAAACAGUUCUCAAUUUGCAAGAAUUGCAGUUUUGCUAUA